ACAGAGUUUCAAUCAAUAAAAUCUCUUCACCUCCACACUUUGACCACAGUCUGACAUUUUCUUUUCUGGACUCUGGCACCAUGACGACUCUUUGGAUUCUGUUUAUUUUUAUUAAUUUUCUGACAAUGACAGCCUGCAAAGAAACAAGUGACCAAGUUUUGAUAAUAACUCCUGAAACACAGGAGCAGGUGGACAUCUUGAAGAAUGUGUCCACUCAGUAUGAGACAGCCUUGUGGCAGCCUGUGUCACCGUUCUACAUGACGGAGCAAACUGAAGUCCACCUGUUUGUUCCUGGGAAGAGCUACGAGACGGUCCAGUCUCUGCUCCAGAAACAUGACAUAACCUACAGGGUGUCGCUGCCCAACGUGAACGAGCUGAUUGAAAUGCAGACGAUGAACGGCACCGACCCUCGCAGCACCGCCACCUUUUAUGAACGCUACCACAGCCUGGAAGAUAUCUAUGACUGGCUAAACAGGACCUCGCAUGACAAUCCCACCAAAGUCAAAGCCAUUCUCGUUGGUUCUUCCUAUGAGAAGCGACCUCUGUAUGCCCUAAAGCUUUCCUUUAGUGACAGACCAAACAGGAAAGCAAUGUGGAUCGACUGUGGAAUCCACGCCAGGGAGUGGAUCUCCCCAGCUUUCUGCUUAUGGUUUGUACACUAUUCGCUGUCAUUUUACAACUACAACAAAGAAAUAACGGAAAUCCUAAACGACAUGGACGUCUACGUCCUGCCAGUCCUGAACCCUGAUGGAUACAAAUACACAUGGACCAAAAACAGGAUGUGGAGAAAGAACCGCGCUCCCAGCCAGAACCCAAAGUGCAUUGGGGUCGAUUUGAACAGAAACUUUGACGCCAAUUGGUGCACACAGGGGGCCUCUCCCUUCCCCUGCUCUGAGAUCUACUGCGGGGCGUUCCCGGAGUCGGAGCCGGAGUCGCGGGCCGUGGCCGACUUCCUGCGCCAACACAAAGACUCAAUUCAGAUGUACAUCAGCAUUCACUCCUACUCCCAGAUGCUGCUCUUCCCAUACUCGUGCACUUUAGAAGAAGCUGGCAAUCACAAUGACUUGUUUGAGAUGGUCCAGGAAGCUGCCCAAAAAAUCAAAAGAUUUUACAGAAGUACUUAUAAAUAUGGGGCAGGAGCUAAGACAAUAUAUUUGGCCCCUGGAGGUUCUGAUGACUGGGCCUACAACCUCGGCAUCAAAUACUCGUUCACAUUUGAGCUCCAGGACCGCGGGGAGUAUGGCUUCUUGCUGCCGCCGUCCCGCAUUGCCCACGCCUGCAAUGAAGCUUUGACUGCAGUGAAGACCGUCGCUCUGAAAGUUCUGGAGAAAACACAAACUCCAACCAGUCCACCUCAGAACGACUGAACGGACGGAGCUGCUGCAGUCGAACGCAUUAACAGAAUGAUACUAUUUUAACAUCGAAUCCAACUCUUAGUCCAUCAAACUGUCGAAAUGAUAUUCAAAAUUAAACGUAUCUUGUAAUUUUUUGUCUAUAAAUAUGAUUAUUUAAUUAAAAAUAAACAAAAUAAAGGUAUUUCUCUCUCUCUUA